GCUGCUAUUAAGAUCAUUUCUCUCUGGCUUUAGCAGCAGGCAGCUGCGUGGGGCCGUUGCUGACCCACCAUGGACAAGGAGAGCAGCAUCGAGAGAAGCCGCAGGAAGGCCUACCUUGAGAUGAUCGAAGCAGAUGGCAUUGGCCUGAACGCUGUCUUCAUCCUCCUCAUGUCGCGCAUGUCGCAGGCCUCAGGCUCCAUCCUGCCGCCUCUGAGCUCACUGGUGGGGCCCAAGAAGGUGUCUCCCGCUGCUGGGCAGGGGGAGCGAGAGGAGUCGGCGGACUCAGGCUGCAGCUCCCUGAGCAGCUUUGCCAAGUCCCUGCAGAAGGCGGAGGCCCUGCUGUGGAACUGCGUGAACCCCAGUGUGCGGCGCCUCCUGCAGCAGCAUGCCAGCGCCAGUGCCUACGACAGCGACGAGGAGGACUCGCCCGGCGCCCUCGCCCGCCUGGCCCAGGUGGAGCACAGCUUCCUGGGGCUCAGCCGCUGCCUCUGCGUGCAGGAGAACCCCCGCACGGAGACCUUCCGAGGCCACGUCAAGCCGGCGGCCAGUGACACGGCCCAGGGCGCCUUCUCCUACCACCCCGUCCACCCCCGUGUAGCCAAGCACUGUGCCACCUUGCACGCCCUGCUGCAGCACCGCCACCGCCUCCGCCUCUCCCGCGAGUACAGCCGCCGCCUCAAAGGGGCCUCGGACUUCGUCCGCCACCUCCUGGCUCUCUUGGCGCUGAAGGACCGGGGAGGGGACCCUGGGGGGAGCAGGCAGCUCAGGGGACUCUGUGAGGAGCUGCGGACUCAUACCAGCCACUGGAGCGGGCUGCAGCGCAAGAUGCGCAGCGACCCCUGGCUGCGGGUGCUGCUGCUGCAGCCUCACGAGUCAGUGACACACAUGAAGCGGGCGCUGGGUCUGCUGGCCCUGCACGCCGUCCGCCUGGUGGAGCGCUACGUGGAGGUGCAGCUGCACUGCCUGGCACGGGCCAGCCCCGCUGCCGUCUCCCCUGCCCAGCUCUCCGACCUGUUCCAGGGCUUGGAGAUCUACAACCACGUGCUGAGCGACCAGGCCCUGGAGCGAACCUCUGGCGAGCCGGGGACUGAUCCCGCCACUCCACUCCGGCGCAAAGGGGACGUGGGGGGUGGCGCUCAAGCCUAUCUCAUUGGGCGGGUGCUGGGCGUGCUGGCAGCCGAGAGAGGCAGGCUGGCCGCCCACCGACUCCACCAGCUCCUCCUGCAGCGGGCACAGGGGGACGGCCUGGAACAAGUGCACUGGGAGAGUGCUGUGGUGCCUUGCUCCAUGGACCGCAGCAGCAGCGAGACAGAUGUGGGGUCCCCUGGGCCCCCCACAGUGGAGGGGCUCCCGAGCCUCCCCGAGGAGCUGCAGGUGCUGUGCAGGGAGGACAAGGAGCUCCUGGACCUUGUUCUGGGAGUCUUGGUGGCCUCCACCGACACGCUCUGGCACCAUGUGCUCAAGAGGCCCAAGCAGGAGAAGCCCCCGGCAGAGGAGGACCAGGAGCCCCCCAUGGCGCCGGCCGCCAGCCCGGACCUGGACGAGAGGCUGAGCCCGGCCUCCCUGCCCAGCUGGAAGUCUGUGCGCUGGCUGGACGCGUUCUACUCGGAGGCUGCCGAGGUUCUGUAUGCACAGUACCGCCCGCUCUUCUGGGAGGCCGCGGCCACCUCGCUGGCCCAUCACCUGGAGCUGCGGCAGGACCAGGCACAGCCCUGCGGAGGCCUGCCCCAGUGCACAGAAAGGGCAGCAGCUGCGCUGGCGCAGGAGCUGAGCCAGGCACUGAGUCAGGCCCGCGUGCCCCCGGAGUGCGAGGCAGCGCUGCGGCGCCUGUGCCCGUGUCUGAUCUCUCAGGCUGUCUUCCAGAGCUGGGACCGAGGCUUCUGCCAGGCCCUGGGUUCCAGCCUCAGCGAUAAGUGUGUGCCUGGGCCUAGGACAGCGGGCACGGCGCACAGCAGGACUGCCCAGCUGCUGCGGGAGCUCCACCCUCCCCUGGCCUUCGCCCUGAAAUGCCUGGAGCCUCCGCUCGCUGCAAGGACUGCAAGCGGCAACCUCGUCUCCCCGAGCCUCCGGCUGGAGCUGCUGACUCGCUGUCUGGCCACGGGGCAGGCCUCCUGCUCCUGGCUCAUGGCCAAGGCCUAUCAGCACCUUGCGGCCUGGUCCCUCUGCCCGUUCCUGCUCGUCACCCAGGGAGAUCUCCAGCUGUUAAAGGCAGAGACCACCAGGUUGGCGGAGCUCGUGAGCGGGGCCUUCCCUGAGUUGGGGGAGAGCCCCAGGUGGGUGCGGCCGGCCCUUGGCUCCCACCAGGAGCAGCAGCUGAGCCUACAGAUCCACUCCACCGCCGCCAGCAUCCAGAGCUUCUCGCAGGACGUGCUGCGGAUGUUCUCCACCGACUGCAAGCGGAUGUCGGCAGAGAUCUUCGGCCAGACCAUGCCGCUGGGCAAGCCCUGGAGAGCAGGCCUCCGUGCAGAGCUGCCCAGCACCCCAAGUGAAUACGCCUUGGCCGCCGCCCAGAGUGUCCUGGGCCAGGUCCUGCAGGGCAUCCAGGUGCUCCCGCGCGAGUCCCAGGUGCCCGCGCUCACCCACGUCAUGACAGCCUUCGUGGAAGCCUGGAUGGACCAUAUCCUCACCCAGAAAAUCAAGUUCAGCCUGCAGGGUGCCUUGCAGCUGAAGCAGGACUUCGACACGGUGCGGCGGCUGGUGCAGUCGGAGGAGUCCGGCCUGUCGCCUGAGAUCAAGCAGUCGGUGCUGUCGCUGCGCAUCUUCCAGCAGAUGGACAACGCCAUCGUCUGCCUCUUGCAGCAGCCCAGCAGCAAGGCCUGCCUGCCCUCCCACACCUGGGAGUCCUUCCGCUCACACAACGGCGUCCGCACUCAGGACUUCCCCACGGGCAGCCUGAACAGCCUGGAGAGCCUGGACGUGCAGGCCUUGCGCAACAGCACCGCCCUGGAGACCCAGAGCUCCGACCUCCUCAGCCACCUGCAAGGCAGCUGCACCCCGGAGUCCUACCUCCCGAGCACCCAGCAGGAGUGGCUCUCCCUGCGGCUGCACGGCACGCGGCGCUGGAAGGUGCCCAGCCUGCCCUGCACCAAGAGCGCGGAGCCCUGAGCGGCUGGGCUCCCCCGCCUGGGGACGGAGCCCGGCCACGUAUUCGUGGUUAGAAAUAGAGCAGCCAAGUAGCCUCAAA